AUGGCAAAUGAUUUAUUGCAAGUAAAGUGUGAUAUUUGCGACGAGAUCGCUCACGAGCCUUAUAUAGAGUGUUGUGAAUGCGACACUGUAUUGUGUUGUACCUGUUUCGCGUCGGGAAAAGAAAAAGAUAAUCACAAAAACGAUCACAAGUACGCUAUAAGAAAAAAUGAUUUUCCAUUAUUUGAAAACUGCAACUGGUCAGCUAAAGAGGAAUGUAAACUAUUGAAUGCACUGUCUAAUUAUGGUUAUGGAAACUGGGAAGAAAUAGCUAAGAGUGUGCAUACGAGAUCGAAACUGGAAUGCCAAGAGCAUUAUAAAAAGUAUUACAUAGAAAACGUGAAGUAUGACGAGCUGAAAUUAUUACCGGAAACUAAAGAGUCGUUAUAUCAACCACCUCUAACACCAUACUUGUAUAACACAGAGCUUAGUAUAAACCCACCAAGAAAUAACCAAUCCGAUCCACUUCUCGCCGGUUACAAUGCCCAUAGAUCUGACUUUGAGCUUAGCUAUGACCACAACGCCGAAAACAUAUUCAGCACCGAUAUAAGUUAUGCCGCUGAUGAUGAAGAUGACGAUGAAUGUAUGGAUUCACUGAAGGUUAGUUUGGUGAGUGCACUAAACACUAGAUUACGAGAGAGGCAACGGCGUUACAACAUCAUUCAAGAACACGGACUCAUCAUGACUAAUAAGUUAUUGUCAUGGUUGAAGAGGUUUGAUAGUACGCUAUCCAGAUCAAAAGCGGAGAAACUACUAUCAUUCAUGCAGUUCAUGAGUGGAAUGCAAUUUGACGCCUUAAUGGAGUCACUCAGUUUAGAAGAGGAAAUUCUCAAUAGAAUCGUAAGGCUGUGUGAUUAUCGGAGGAAUGGUAUUAGGACUCUGUACUCAGCUCGUCUUUAUAACCAUUUAAAGAAACAAAACGACAAAGUCUAUAAAGAACAGAAAUACGUCACCAAUAUGAUGAUUAAGAAGUUCGACAGUCAGUCGCAGAUGAAGAGUAAAAAUAGUUUGUUCGGUAACAGUAUUGGCAGCAAGAAGAUUAAAAGAACACUCAUGCCGUUGGACAUAUUGGAUGUGCCAGGAUACCACUUGCUGUCGGACAGUGAGAGAGAUUUGUGCUCCAAUGUUAGAGUGAUCCCGGAAAACUUUUUGGACAUCAAAAGAGUUCUCAUAGCGGAGAACAACAAAUUGGGUUUCCUACGUUUACUGGACGCGCGACGAGUGGUCAAAAUAGAUGUUAAUAAGACUAGGAAAAUAUAUGAUCAUCUGUUAGCUGAAGGAUUUAUUGUAAAACCUUAG